GCGGGCGGUGACGUGUUAUUUGUGGGACGGCGCCGGUCCCCGGAUGUACCGCGAUGCCGAAGGUGAAGCGAAGCCGAAAGCCGCCUCCUGAUGGCUGGGAGCUGAUUGAACCCACCCUGGAUGAACUGGACCAGAAAAUGCGGGAGGCUGAAACUGAACCUCAUGAAGGGAAGAGGAAAGUAGAAUCAUUGUGGCCUAUCUUCAGACUCCACCACCAGCGAACACGUUACAUAUUUGAUCUGUUCUAUAAAAGAAAGGCAAUUAGCAGAGAGCUCUAUGAUUAUUGCAUAAGGGAAGGAUAUGCUGACAAGAAUCUCAUUGCGAAGUGGAAGAAACAGGGCUAUGAGAAUCUGUGCUGUCUUCGCUGCAUCCAAACCCGAGAUACCAAUUUUGGAACAAACUGCAUCUGCAGGGUACCCAAGAGCAAGCUUGAAGUGGGCAGGAUUAUUGAGUGCACACACUGUGGAUGCAGAGGCUGCUCUGGUUGAAUUUGUCUGUAUUGGAUGUAAGGGGUUUUAGUUUAUGUAUAAUCACUUUUAUUUUGAGUCAAUAUAUGGACCAUAAUUAGGACAAGAUGUACUCUGUAUGCUAUGGCUGUCUUCUAACUAGUUUUUUUUUCUCAAAAUGGAAUAUAAUGAAUUAAAAUGUAUUUUAAAAGUGAA